UGUUUUCUCUCAAAUCAGGCAAAAAACGAAGCCGGCUGUAGUCGUAAAGCGAGGCGGCGCGAUAGCAAGCGAGGCCCCCCCCCCCCCGCCUCCUUUCUCCUCCCGAGCGGAGAAGAUGGCGUCGGGGGAGGCGAAGUCCGUGCUGUUCGUGUGCCUGGGAAACAUUUGUCGAUCUCCAAUAGCUGAAGCAGUUUUUAGAAAACUUGUAACUGAUGAAAAAGUUGAAAAUAAGUGGAUGACAGACAGUGCUGCCGUUUCAGACUGGAACGUGGGGCGCUCCCCAGAUGCAAGGGCUUUAAGCUGUCUAAGAAAUCAUGGCAUUGAGACAGCACAUAAAGCACGGCAGAUUACCAAAGAUGAUUUCCAGAGCUUUGAUUAUAUACUUUGCAUGGAUGAAAGCAAUCUAAGAGAUCUGAAAAGGAAAAGCAACCAGGUUAAAGACUGCAAGGCCAAAAUUGAACUACUUGGGACAUAUGAUCCACAGAAACAACUUAUUAUUGAAGAUCCAUACUAUGGGAAUGAAAAGGACUUUGAAACUGUUUACGAGCAGUGUGUUAGAUGCUGUAAAGCAUUUUUGGAGAAGCCUCAUUAAUGCUUCAUCAUUUUGUUUCUAGAAUAAAAUAAUUAGCUUCUCCUGAAAUAUGUAAGGUUUACUUGAUUGAUGUAUUUAAAUUGUAAAAUUAUGCCUCCUCUGUAGGUUGAAAACUUUUUCAGUUUAAUUUUUUAUUGUAGUUUUUCUGUCAUCUAAUUAGAAAAACAUAGAGAAGUUUUAAAGUUGGAUUAGAUGAUCAACCAUUUUCUCACACAUUAAUGUAACAAAGUACUUGUUCAGAAUAAAUUUAUCUGUAAACCCUUCCAGUGCUUUCUCAGAAGCACUGUAAAAAGUAAUGUCUUGCUUCUUUAUGUGCUAUACAAACUAAAAUUAGGUCUUCUUAUUGUGCCAUUAGUUAAUUUAAACGAACAGGAAACUGUGAAAUGAUAGUUGAUGUGUGUUAACUUAGGCAUGUUAUCCUAGUAUCCCUAGACAACUUUUAGAAUGAAGCUGUUUCACCUGGAGCCUGGUGGACAAAAAGGGACUGCCUGCCACAAGACAGGCAUGGUUUUGACUGUUGAUAGACUCUUAGCAUUAUUUCAGAGCUCAAGCAAGUAAAACCUUUUGUCAGGAUUCUGUGAAAAUGGGCUGUUAUAUAGUUUUAAAUGCUCAGUUAUCAAAGAAGUAAUCAUUUUGUGCUAAUAGAUUGUACUAGUUAAGAUGUAAUCAGUUCAAAAAUAGUCACUGAAGUUAAUAGGACUUCUCUGGUUCAUCUUCCUAUCUUCUUGUGGCCAACUCCUGGUACACUGAUGUAAGUACAUACAACGUUAACAUUUACUUUAGGACAAAACAUGUCAGCUUAAAAGAUGAAACAUCAAGUGUACAUUUUGUAUCUCAUAGUAGUAAAAUACUCAAAUCCCUGCUAUUUUCCCAGUUUCUGUAUGAGUGACAGACCAUAUUUUCAGAUUUACCCGGGAGAAUGGAUGGCUUGUCAAAAGCGUUGUUCAACCUGAAGACAGACCACUUGUAUGUAAUACAAUAUGCAAUAUGAAGCUGUAUGAAAGCCAGUAAAUAGAAAGUUCUGCUCUUGGACAAAAACGGAAUGCAUUGUAAAAAUCCAUGCCUGUUUGUCUGAACAUCACAUUCAAUCUCUGCCUAAGGCAGAAACAUAACUGAGAAAUGUAAUAUAACUGAUAUUUUUUUUAUUCAGAAUAAUGCUAAUACUAGUAUGAAUUAGCAUUACCACAUGCUCUAUAAACUCUAUCUGUAAAAUUUACUUUGUUAUUUA